AUGUUUAAAACACUUACCGGAGCGAUAUUUAAGUCAUCUUUUACGGCCUUCCCUACCCGUAACAGUCUUUUAACUUUCUCAAAUAUUUCACAACGAGGAUUUGCCGGUAAAACAAUAUAUGUGUCUAAUGUUUCAUAUGCCUCGAACGAACAAGGACUUGAAGAGCUAGGUUCAAGAUAUGGUAAAGUUGAAUCUGUUCGUAUGCCAAGAGAUUACGAAGGUAGGAGUCGCGGUUACGGCUUUAUUGAAUUUUCUCGAGAAGAAGAAGCUGCAAAAGCUAUGGAAGGACUCAACGGAUUCGAAUUUGAAGGUAGGGAAUUGAGAGUAGCUGAAGCUCGUGGUGGGUCUAGUGGUCCUCGUGGUGGACUUGGUGGCUCUUCACGUGGUGGUGGCUUCGGGGGGAGAUUUGAUGACGGUGAAAGAAUUGAUAGGGGAUUUGGUGGCGGUCGUGGCCA